CGCUUCCGGGAGCCGGACGCUUGGCUCGUCCGGUGGCAGCCGAGCUGGACCAGCCGCCUGGAGUGUCCGUCGCGCUGGGGCCCUGGGCUCGGCAUCCGAGGCGCGCGAGGGCGCGAGGCGUGAGGGCUCCUUGUUGAGAGCCGGGAGUGGGGCUCCCCGCUCCCCGUUGCCAAGCCAGCACGAACGAAGGUCACCGCUGUCGUGACCGCGGCUCCCGAGCGUUUCUCUCCCACCGGGUGGGGCGCCCGUGCGCGCGGACGGACGACCCCGUGCCGCCUCACGAGGGGUGGAAGCGUCUCCUGAGGCCAGGACGCCGGGUUCAGCCUUCCUCGCCCCUCCCCGCCUCCAGGGCCGCGGCACCGCCCCACGCGCGGGGUUCCGCUGGGAGUUGUUUGCUGACUGCCCCGCGGGGAGUGGACGCUGCAGGGCUCUUUGCUCUGCGCUGACGCGGUUCAAAUACCUGCAACACUUUUCUACGCAGGGCGGCCUCUAUGAAUGCUUAUUUGUGGAUUUAGUGAAUGAAUAAGAGUAGUUCCUGUGGUCCCAGGCCCUCCGUCUGGCGAGGCUCUUCGCAGGAUUUGCCGUUGACCCCCCCAUCUAGCCCUGUGCCCGAGAGCGCCGUCAGCGGCCUCCGGGCGACGCGGCCGCAGAAGCCGGGCAGGAUGGCUGCGGACGCCCGGGAGUCGGCUGGCCGGUCCCUGCACCCCGGGUGCGGUCAGCAGCGGCCUGCGGCGGUGACGGUGGAGCUGGAGGACGCCAGCCCCGGCAGCCAGGGUGUCCGCCUGCUGGACGACCAGCCGCCGGCCUGGGAGGGCUUCAGGCGGCGCUUCCGGGGCUUCCGCUACCCAGAGGCCGAGGGGCCCCGCGAGGCGCUGCGCCGGCUCCGCGAGCUGUGCCGCCAGUGGCUGCGGCCCGAGACGCACAGCAAGGAGCAGAUCCUGGAGCUGCUGGUGCUGGAGCAGUUCCUGACCAUCCUGCCCGCCGGGCUCCAGGCCCGGGUGCGGGAGCAGCAGCCGGAGAGCGGGGACGAGGCGGUGACCGUGCUGGAGGAUCUGGACAGAAAGAGAAAUGUAGUUUCAGCCUGUGCUCUGGAACAGGAAAUCCUUUUGCAGACAGUGACCCUUCAGACACUGGGUGAAGAAUCUUCAUACACAUGGGUUCAGCCCCCAGUGGUCCAGUUCAAGGGCAAAGGACCUGAACCCCAGGAAGGAGAUGGUGGUGUGAGGACUGACAACGUGAUGUUAGACGUGAAGCAGGAACUUUGUGAAGAAACAGAACCAUGUGGGAAGGGGUCUGAUGGACGGGAUGGAGCUUUGUCUCCGCACACCAAAUACACAGGGGACAGGGAGCCUGGUGGAAGUGUGGAAAUGGAGGACGGGGGUGCCCCUGGUAGAAAAGCCUACACCUGUGAAGAAUGCAGGAAAACCUUCACCUGGACAGGAGGCCUUCACAUUCACAGGAGGACCCACAUGGGAGAGAAACCGUACUCAUGCACAGAAUGCGGAAAGUCCUUCAUCAGACGUGCAGAGCUUAGCCAGCACCAGGGGCUUCACGGCAAGGAAAAGCCUUAUCACUGUCAAGAGUGUGGCAAAGGUUUCAGUCAGAAGGCAGGCCUCUUCCAACAUCUCAAAAUCCACAGUGGAGAAAAGCCAUAUCGAUGUAGUAAAUGUGGCCGGUGUUUUAGUCGGAGAUCAGUUCUUACAAAGCAUCAAAGCAUCCACACUGGAGAGAAAGAAUGUACGGACUGUGGAAAAGCAUUCUGCCGUAGUUCAGAUCUCACUGAGCAUCAGCGAUUCCACAAGGAGAAGCCUUAUGAAUGUAACGAGUGUGGGAAAACCUUCAGGCAACGUUCACAUCUGAUUGAGCAUCAGCGGAUUCACAGUGAAGAAAAACCCUAUGAAUGUAAAGUGUGUGGAAAAGCCUUCACUCAGUAUGCAGGACUUAACCAACACCAGAGAAUCCAUACUGGGGAGAAACCUUUUGAAUGUCCUGUGUGUGGACGAGCCUUUAGCCGGACCUCAGAACUCAUAAUACAUCACAGAAUCCACUCGGGGGAGAAACCCUAUGAGUGUGCUGAGUGUGGAAAAACCUUUAGCGUGAGCUCAACCCUGGUCAUACACCAAAGAAGCCACACUGGGGAGAAGCCCUAUAAAUGUGGUGAGUGUGGCGAAGCCUUCAGUCAGCGCUCAGGUCUUAAUAAGCACAGGUCAGGAGGGAAGCAUGGUAACCCCCCUGAGCCAGGAACAUAUAAGUGCGACGAGUGCGGGAAGACCUUUACUCGGUCGACUGGCCUGCGGAACCAUAAAAGAAUCCACACUGGGGAUAAAACCUACCAGUGCCCUGAGUGUGGGAAGGCCUUCACCAGGGGUGAGCAUCUUAUCGAACACCAGGCGAUUCACAACAAGGUGAAGCCAUAUCAGUGUAAAGAGUGUGGCAAAGCCUUCAGUCAGAAGACGGGUCUUAGUCACCAUGUCAGAAUCCACACGGGAGAGAAGCCUUUUCAGUGUCCGGAAUGUGGGCGCGCCUUCAGUUGGAAGUCAGAUCUCAAGAAACAUAAGAGAGUCCACUCCGAGGAGAAACCCUAUGCAUGUGAGGAGUGUGGGAAGGCCUACAGGCAGAGAGCCACGCUGCUCCAGCACCUGAGAGGCCACACAGAGCUGAGCCCCGGCGAUCCAGUGAGUGCGCUGAAGCCCAAGGCAGGAGCUCAGCCCCAACCCAGUACCAGAGAAUCCGCUGCACCAGACACCCUGCCCAGUCAUGAGGUGACAGCUGCCGGAGAAUCCACGAUUUCGUUUCUUAACUGAGAUAAAAUGCUUCUUGAACUUUAUUUAAUUUAAAGAAAUCCUGAGGCACCACAUUGGAAAGUUUUUAUAGGGGCUCCUGGGUGGCUCAGU